AUGAAUGCUGAGCCUAUAGAGGAGCCUAUAGAGGAUACCAAUUCUGUGGAUGUUAGUGAUCCGACUCAGGUCGCUUCUAAAGAAGCUACAAACGAAUCGAUAAAUCACACUGCAAAAGACAAUGGAUCAGCUGACGAGACUGAGAAGGACGACUGUAAGGAAGGCGCUCAAGCUUCUUCUAAGGUCGAGGAGUCUAAGGCCUUGGGCCCCAACAAUGUCAGCAGCAUUGAUACUGUGCCAAUAGAUGCAAAGAUACUGGAUGAGUCUAUGAAAAAAGAGAACUUUAAAGAGGAAUGUCUCAAAGAUGAGGAGAUCCCCAAAAAGGAAGAUGACUCCAAGGAAAAGGAGAUCUUUCACAAAGAGGCACCUCGAGACGAAGAGAGUCUGACAGACAAGAACUGUUCUUCUGAAACACAAAAUGCCGAUGAUAAGGAGCAAGAGCAAUUGUCUGAGGUUCAAACUGCCGAAGAUGCUGACAAAGAGCACGAAAAAAGGGUUCAGGAAUUCAUGCUGAAUCAGGAAGAAGUCAAGCAGUUUUCAGAUGAGGAGAUAAGCAUUCAGGGUUCCUCCAGCGAUUCUGACUCAAGCUCUGAUUCAGACUCUGACUCGUCUUCUGAUUCUGAUUCUGAUUCCGAUACCAGCUCUUCAGAUAGCGCCGAAGAAAAGGUUGAUGUUGACGAUGAUCUUGAAGAAGAAGAGUCGUCUGGUGGUCCUAUUGUGUCCAAAAAUGAACAGGAGGAAGAAGCCUACGCGCUUCCUGAAGAUUACAAAGUUCCAGACAACGCUCCGCUAGAGUAUGUGGGGAACCUCAGCUCGUUGGUUGAGCGCAACGCUAUAAUCAAAGCUAAUGUUUCUGGAGAGUUCCGUGUCCUAAAAGAGAACUCGGUGUUGUGUUUUGAGAAUAAAGAAGUUCUUGGUCCUCUUUUUGAGACAUUCGGAAAAUUGCAAGCGCCCUACUACAGAGUCAAAUUCGAUUCGGAGGAGGCUUUCGCCAAAAUCAAGGAUAGAAAGGGAGAAAAGGUUUUUUAUGUUGUUCCCGAGUCUCAAUUUAUAUACACCGACUCUAUCAAAAAGCUCAAGGGUACUGACGCUAGCAACUGUCACGACGAGGAACUUCCAGAAGAAGAGCAAGAGUUCUCUGAUGAUGAGCAGGAAUUGGCUGCUAAACAGGCGCGUAAAAAGAAAAAGAAGAAGUCUAAAGAGUCAAAGGAGGGACCAGAGUUGAAGAAACCUCACACAAACCCAAAGUCCGAACAAAAGACUUUCACGUCGUACGGAUUCGCCCCCAAUGAAACUAAUCGGGUCGGCCUUCCUAAAGUACCACAAGGUAACCCGCCCCCCAGACAAGAAACAAGUACUUCUUGGACCUCGUACGCUCUGCAGCCAAUAGUACAACAAAAUGUGUACAACUCCCAGAAUCCUUAUGGUGUUCCAUUCAGCAGUGUUGAACAGUCAUUUGCCAAUAAUGCACAGUUCAACCCUUAUCAGAGUACAUACCCGCCACCAAUGAUGCCACAGGCUGCUCAAGUGCAACAAACACAAAUCCAAACAGGGUAUGGCUAUGGACUGCCGUAUUGGCCACAAGUGCCCCAAAGCACACAGUCACCACAGCCGUAUCCCCCACCACAAAACGCUUAUCAGCAAGCAUACCAACAGCAGUCGACCGGGUACCAAAUGCAACAUCCCGUCCAGCAACCACAAGUGCAACGGGCGCCCCCACCACAUCAAAAUGGUGCAUUAUAUCAGCUUCAUGCACUUGUGUCUAAUCAGCUAAACCAGCAAGACCAAAAUCAGCAUAAUCAGCAUCAGCCUCAGGGCCCCAGUUCUUAG